GAGAGAUAUCAAGCACCUUAAAGCGGAAACUUCAGAAAACCCUAGGUCAGUUUCAUUAUUUAUUUAUUUUGAGAAGCUAGGUCAGUUUCAUGAUUUUGUGUUAAUGGAAGACAAUGAAAUGCAAUUGGAUUGUAUACCAUUUGAUGAUUUAAGUAAUGGGAAAGAGGACUGUGCGGUUCCUUCGAAUGAACAAGAUGAAGAUACGGGACGGCUGUAUCCUGAGGAUUACUCACGUUACUUUAUUCCCUAUGAAGAUGAGGAGUUUCACUCUAAAGAAGAUGUUAAAGCUUGGUGUGUUGGUAAAGGGAGUCAACACAAUUGUUCCAUCGUUUCUGGCCCGGGUACAAAGACUGGAAAACUUGAAUGCAAUGGAAAAGGAUCGAGGAUUGAACUUGUUUGUUCGAGAAGUGGUGUCUAUAAGAGUCAUAAAUCCAAAGAUUAUGUUCCAAAGACGACGAAUGCAUUAAAAAGGAAAAGGAGCAGCACCUCCAAAAUUAACUGUCCUUUCAAGUUAAUUUGUUCUUGUGAUUACGAUGGAAGAUGGAACAUUAAAAUCAAGUGUGGCUUCCAUAACCAUGCCCUUACAGAUUCCUUAAUUGGACACUCGGCCCCUGCGGCUCUGACAGAAAAACAGCUCGAAUUACUCAAGCGUCUAACGGGAUCACUAAUUCCUCCUAAGAAAGUUCUCUCGAUGAUAAAGCAAGAUGACCCGGAUACAGCAGUUCAUUUGAGAACAAUCUAUAAUGCCAAGGCAAAACUGAAAAAAGAAGAGACACGAGGAAGGACAAUCCUACAGCAUUUCUUAGCAUUGGCCGAACAGGAAGAUUACACAAUUUUCAAAAGAUGUGACGGUGAAGUGGUAAUAGAUCUUUUUAUUGCUCCCCCCAGGUUUGUGGACUUAGCUAGAUGUUUUCACUAGUUUGUGGUAGUAGACUGUACAUAUAAGACUAACAGGUACGAUAAGCCUUUAUUCCAUAUAGUCUCCCAUACAUCCACGAAUGCUCCAUUUACUGUUGGGUUUUGCUUAUUGAGUGGUUGGAUAAACACAAAGAAUGGUUGGAUAAACAGAAAGAAAAGUUUGUGGCUGCUUGGACUUGUCGAGUGAAACACUACAACAAUCAAGCUACUAGCAUAGUGGAGAGUUCUCAUAAAGGACUCAAGGGUGAACUGUUAACCACAAAAGGCGACCUUGUUACCGUUUGGAAAGCGAUACAUUCAAUGUUCAAGGGCGACGAAACAAAGGAUGUUUUCUUCCUUUUAUUUUAUCGACGGAGGAUGUUGCAAAGGAUGGAAAUUGUGGAUUCCAUGUCGUGGUUGAGGCGUUGGGUUUAAAGGGUAGCCUUGAGGGGGUUUAAAGGGUAGCCUUGAGGUCGGAGAACUUGAUCCAAUUAGUUAUGUAAGAGACAAGAUGGUUACCAAUCUCUUAAAAAAUCAAAAUAUGUAUAAGAAAAUGAUGACUGAUGGAGAAUUUGUGGAAUUGGUUAACCGUAUACGGCCUCUUUCCGAAGACGAAUAUUUAGUGCUUCCUAGCGGUAAACAUAUUGUCCCCUCUGAUCGAUGGAUGCUUAUGCCAAAAUAUGGGUUUGUGAUAGCGGAGACAUUUUCUUGUGCAGUGUACUACAUCCGUGACAUGAGUUAUGCAUUUGUACCUUCUCUCGUGAAAAUGCGCAAGGGUAUAAAGAAUCGAAAAGUUAUCAUGGGAUUCGUUGAAGGAAAUCAUUUUAUUGGUCUGCGUUUGAAGGAGAAUUGUCCGCUGCCUCCUAAAACUGAUACCCUAUGGUUUUGGAAACAUAUUAAGAGUGAUUAUUCCUCCGAGUGGUACAGUCAAGUCGAGGAUAGAAUGAAGAUAUGGAUUCAAAGCAGCGCAAAAGACAGGAUUUUACCGCAAGGAAGUGCCGCAGGUAAAUGUUGAUGAUUAUAUUACGGAGAGCACCUGCAAUAAACGGUAGUGUCGGUCCUUUAUGGUUAAUGAGGUCGACAUUUACCACGUAAAAAUGUGGAUCUGGAAUCUUUUAGACACCAAUCCGCUUGCGGGUGAUUUGGCUUCUGAAAAUUUGGUUAAUUUGUUUUCCAUUGAUAUUAGUUCGGAUAAUUGUUGUUCUGAUAAUUGUUUCCUUCAUGACUUUGAAUUUGUUUCUUAAGGAGUUCAUUUUAAAUAAAAGUUUCUUGGUACU